GCCCUCAGGUUCUACUACUCGUGCCCCCCGCUGCUCCCUCCCAACGCUGCUCGCUCCCCCCGCUGCUCCCUCCCAACGCUGCUCGCUCCCCCCGCUGCUCCCUCCCAACGCUGCUCGCUCCCCCCGCUGCUCCCUCCCAACACUGCUCGCUCCCCCCGCUGCUCCCUCCCAACGCUGCUCGCUCCCCCCGCUGCUCCCUCCCAACGCUGCUCGCUCCCCCCGCUGCUCCCUCCCAACGCUGCUCGCUCCCCCCGCUGCUCCCUCCCAACGCUGCUCGCUCCCCCCGCUGCUCCCUCCCGACGCUGCUCGCUCCCCCCGCUGCUCCCUCCCAACGCUGCUCGCUCCCCCCGCUGCUCGCUCCCCCCGCUGCUCCCUCCCAACGCUGCUCGCUCCCCCCGCUGCUCCCUCCCAACGCUGCUCGCUCCCCCCGCUGCUCCCUCCCAACGCUGCUCGCUCCCCCCGCUGCUCCCUCCCAACGCUGCUCGCUCCCCCCGCUGCUCCCUCCCAACGCUGCUCGCUCCCCCCGCUGCUCCCUCCCAACGCUGCUCGCUCCCCCCGCUGCUCCCUCCCAACGCUGCUCGCUCCCCCCGCUGCUCCCUCCCAACGCUGCUCGCUCCCCCCGCUGCUCCCUCCCAACGCUGCUCGCUCCCCCCGCUGCUCCCUCCCAACGCUGCUCGCUCCCCCCGCUGCUCCCUCCCAACGCUGCUCGCUCCCCCCGCUGCUCCCUCCCAACGCUGCUCGUCCCCCCCGCUGCUCCCUCCCAACGCUGCUCGCUCCCCCCGCUGCUCCCUCCCAACGCUGCUCGCUCCCCCCGCUGCUCCCUCCCAACGCUGCUCGCUCCCCCCGCUGCUCCCUCCCAACGCUGCUCGUCCCCCCCCGCUGCUCCCUCCCAACGCUGCUCGCUCCCCCCGCUGCUCCCUCCCAACGCUGCUCGCUCCCCCCGCUGCUCCCUCCCAACGCUGCUCGCUCCCCCCGCUGCUUCCCUCCCAACGCUGCUCGCUCCCCCCCCGCUGCUCCCUCCCGACGCUGCUCGCUCCCCCCCGCUGCUCCCUCCCAACGCUGCUCGCUCCCCCCGCUGCUCGCUCCCCCCGCUGCUCCCUCCCAACGCUGCUCGCUCCCCCCGCUGCUGCUCCCUCCCAACGCUGCUCGCUCCCCCCGCUGCUCCCUCCCAACGCUGCUCGCUCCCCCCCGCUGCUCCCUCCCAACGCUGCUCGCUCCCCCCGCUGCUCCCUCCCAACGCUGCUCGCUCCCCCCGCUGCUCCCCUCCCAACGCUGCUCGCUCCCCCCGCUGCUCCCUCCCAACGCUGCUCGCUCCCCCCGCUGCUCCCUCCCAACGCUGCUCGCUCCCCCCGCUGCUCCCUCCCAACGCUGCUCGCUCCCCCCGCUGCUCCCUCCCAACGCUGCUCGCUCCCCCCGCUGCUCCCUCCCAACGCUGCUCGCUCCCCCCGCUGCUCCCUCCCAACGCUGCUCGUCCCCCCCCGCUGCUCCCUCCCAACGCUGCUCGCUCCCCCCCGCUGCUCCCUCCCAACGCUGCUCGCUCCCCCCGCUGCUCCCUCCCAACGCUGCUCGCUCCCCCCGCUGCUCCCUCCCAACGCUGCUCGUCCCCCCCCCGCUGCUCCCUCCCAACGCUGCUCGCUCCCCCCGCUGCUCCCUCCCAACGCUGCUCGCUCCCCCCACUGCUCCCUCCCAACGCUGCUCGUCCCCCCGCUGCUCCCUCCCAACGCUGCUCGCUCCCCCCGCUGCUCCCUCCCAACGCUGCUCGCUCCCCCCGCUGCUCCCUCCCAACGCUGCUCGCUCCCCCCGCUGCUCCCUCCCAACGCUGCUCGCUCCCCCCGCUGCUCCCUCCCAACGCUGCUCUCGCUCCCCCCGCUGCUCCCUCCCAACGCUGCUCGCUCCCCCCGCUGCUCCCUCCCAACGCUGCUCGCUCCCCCCCGCUGCUCCCUCCCAACGCUGCUCGCUCCCCCCCGCUGCUCCCUCCCAACGCUGCUCGUCCCCCCGCUGCUCCCUCCCAACGCUGCUCGCUCCCCCCCCGCUGCUCCCUCCCAACGCUGCUCGCUCCCCCCGCUGCUCCCUCCCAACGCUGCUCGUCCCCCCCCCCUGCAAGAAGCAGCGAGGGCGAGGCAGGCAGCCACACCUCACCAGGAGAAGCAGCAACCGCAGCAGCCCCCUCAGAAGGCGCAGCAGCCCCAGCAGCAGCAGCAGCAGCAGCAGAAGGGGAGUGGUGGUGGGUGGCAGGGGAUGCAGUGGGUGCGUGCAGGGGAGGAGUGCAGCAUACACGUGUGGGUCAUGCCGCCUGCUCACUGGAUCCCGCCCUUGGGGUCCAAUCGGAGUCACGCGGACAACAACGGCAACAACAGCAGCAGCAGCAAUGAGAGCAGUUGGUUGACGGACGACCUGACUCUGACUCUGGAGGGCCCGGCCUUGGGCACUGGGGACGUGCAGUGCACCGACCCCCCUGCCUGCUCGCACUUCCUCAUCUCCUACCGCCUCUGGGACGUCGGAGAUUAUAGUGCCACUCUCUCUGUGGGUUGUUUAAACCUCAACUUCUCUCCUGACUUUGCCGCCCAUCUCAACUCCACCUUCCGCCAUGACCUUGCCACGUGGAGUCUCUCUAUUGGCUGGCCUGAACAAUCAGCUUCUGGGGGCGUUUUUGCAUCUGCAGGCACAGAUGGUGCUGCUGGUAACGGUGCUGCCUCCCUCAGCAGACUAGCCACGCCCUGCACACCUGGAUCCAUCCCCGGUCGCUGGAAGAGGGACAGCACUGGCAAUUACACCCGUUGGAUCUCGGAUCUACGGCGCAAGGGCAUAGAGGAGAUCAACAUAGUGGGGAACUCGCACCAGAGGGGGCUGGCCAACCACCUGCACUUCCUGCUCUCAGGGGACACGGGGCCCUUAUUGCCCGAUCCCCGCUUCAACUACACCUUCCGCUCCACCAAUGCACAAGGGGAGACGUUCAGAAUCAACUGGUAUUGGGUUGAUGGCAUCUACCGCAACGGGGAGUUUGGCUGCGGUGACAGAGGCAAAACCAGCAACCACUCCAACUCAUUCCCAGACGUCCUCUCUCGCACUGCUGACGUCACCAUCAUGAACGCCGGCUCCUGGACAAAUAGGUUCUGCGGAGAGCCAAUCAAAGCCUUUCGCGCCCACCUCCCAGAGUUCCUCAACUGGGGGUUGCAGUUCGCCGCCCAAAAUGGCAAGCCGCUGGUGCUGCGGACGGCGACGCCCCUCCCGAAUGCAGGCCACCACUGCGCGCAUUAUACGAGCGCGUCUGUCGGCCCGUCCACCAACCUGGGCAUCAUGGCACUCAAUCGAAUCAUGCGCAGCAUGGCUGCUGGAAAGGGUGCUGAAAAGGGUUCUGGGAACAGUGACGGAGAGAAUUCCCAAUCCCAGCUGUCGCUGCCCUCAGUGCCGGUUUUCGACGGGUGGAUGAUUGAAAUGCCUCACUAUCUGGGCAAUUGCCCUUAUGGAAACCGGCAUUACACGUGUUUUUAUGCACCGCACUUCUGGAGUAGAGAACCGAAUGCGGCUACUGGGGUGGUAGGGGAGGCUGUAGUUAGUGGGCUCAUACAUUUCAUGCUCCACCAGUUGUGA